AUUUGGAUCGUUCGUUUUCUCCAUUUUUAUACCUCCAGUCCUGACUGAAAACGAUUCAAACCUUUUUAAGGCAUAAAAAUGGAGAUUCCAAGAGAAAAUGGAAAUUCAUACGAAAUUGAUCAUGAUCAUCAUAGUUCAUUGAUAUUUCUGGGAACUGGUUGUUCAAGUGCAGUUCCAAAUUGUAUGUGUUUGAUUCAACCUUCAAAUCCACCUUGCGCCGUUUGUUCUCAAUCACUUUCAAUCCCUCCUGAGCUUAAUCCUAAUUACAGAUGCAACACGUCUCUUCUUAUAGAUUAUUGCAAUGGAGAUGGUGAACACAAGUAUAUAUUGAUUGAUGUUGGAAAAACAUUUAGGGAGCAAGUACUUCGGUGGUUCACUCACCAUAAGAUUCCUCGUGUGAAUUCUAUAAUUUUGACCCAUGAGCAUGCUGAUGCAGUUCUUGGCCUGGACGAUAUACGUGCAAUCCAACCAUUUAGUCCUACAAAUGAUAUUGCUCCAACUUCCAUUUACCUAAGCCAGUAUGCAAUGGAGAGCAUAGAAGUUAAAUUUCCCUACCUGGUUCAGAAAAAGCUUAAAGAGGGCCAAGAAGUAAGGCGGGUUGCGCAGCUCGAAUGGAAAACUAUUAAAGAGGAUUGUGAGGAAACAUUUGUCACAUCAGGCCUACAGUUUAUUCCUUUACCAGUGAUGCAUGGAGAGGACUAUGUGUCCUUGGGUUUUCUUUUUGGUGAAAAGUCUAGAGUUGCAUAUAUAUCUGAUGUUUCACGGUUCCUGCCAAGCACAGAACACGUUAUCUCAAAGUCUGGAGCUGGACAGUUGGAUCUACUUAUUCUGGACACUUUGUACAGGACCGGAUCACAUAAUACACACUUUUGCUUCCCGCAGACACUAGAAGCUAUAAAGAGGAUAUGCCCAAAACAAGCUCUGUUAGUUGGAAUGACCCACGAGUUUGAUCAUCACAAGGACAAUGAGUUUCUUGCUGAAUGGUCUAGAAGGGAAGGGAUACCAGUCCAGCUUGCUCAUGAUGGUCUCAGAGUACCUAUUCAGCUGUAGUGUGUUAAGUGGAAUGGUUCUGAAGUAUCAAAUAUAUACCCCUUCUUGAGGUUAUCGUUUUUCUACACAGUCUGUUUGGGUUAAGAGCAAUGACAACUGGACCUGCUACUUUUGACAAAUUAUUACAAUGGCGCAUGCAAAAAAACAUGUGCAUAAGAAAUUCAACAUUAACUUUUGUUUAAUAUUGUGUUUGUAGGCAGAUGUGGAAAUUCUAGUUGAGUCUUCAGAUGCAGUAUUCAUUCUGUCCGGAGCGGAGAAGUUAUGCCAUUUACCAAUACUAUCAUUGUUGUAUUCACAUUAUUUGAACAUUAUAAACCAUACAUAAUCUGUUAAAAGCCGCUAGGGAAAGGUUCAUGACACCAGUAUGAGAAGAGCCAGAGUUUUGAACUUGAACUGUCUAAAUUCAGAGGAACUGAAUUACUUUUUCAUUCAGUUGUCCAACGAGGAAGAGAAAAAUCAGAAUCACCAAAUAUCUGUAACAUUUUAAAGGGUAUACCUUGUGUUCUAUAAUUCUCUCCUAUAAACAAGUCUAGUUGUGCCCUGGUUAAUACAUUUGGAAUCAUUCGGAGUCGGGCUAAGAGAUGGAUUUUCUACUCUCUUCUCUGUUCAUUUUGUAUAGACACUACUCAUUCAUUUAUGAGUCUAACUGAACUCUAACCUUUUGUAUCACAUAACAAAAAUUUUAUCGUGAGGUAAAUUUUUUGAC